CACCAAGCUCGGGCUGCUGGUGGCGGCCUGCCCCCAGCAGGCGGAGGCGGCGCCGGGGGGCGAGGCGCCGUCGUCGCCGAGCGAGCCGGCGCACGCCUCUCUGGGGAGGGCCAAGGGGACGCUCAUGGCGCAGCAGCCAAUCAAGGGACCGCUGCACUUCUCCGGCAAGCUCCGGCAGCACACCCCGCGGCUGCUGCUGAGCGCCCGCGGGGCGGUGCGCUCCGAGGCGCGCCCGGCGCCCCCAUCGGCCGCGCCGCCGGUGCCGGUGCGGACGCCGGAGCAGGCCGCCAGGGAGCUGCUGCUGCGGCGCGCGGUGGUGAGCGAGGACCAGGCCGACGCGGUUUACCAGCGCUUGCCGCAGUGCGAGGGGCGCGAGCGGGCGUCGGCAGCGGUCGAGGAGCUCAUGCGGGAGUUGGAGAGGUGGAGCAUGACGCUCCAGCGGCACUGCCCCGACGACUUCAACCGGUGCUGCGCCAUCCUGAUGCAGUGCCUCCACGGGGAACAGAGCAAGCAGGAGGCGCCGGGCGCCUUCCAGGUCUGAGCCGGGGCGCCGCCGCGCUCCGCGUGCCUCCCUCCUCCCUCCUCCCUCCU